AUGAAACCCUCAACCGUCUUCCUGGCGGCUCUCGCGCCCGCCGCCGUCCUGGCCGAUACACUUCCGCGUGCCAACGUCGAGAUCGCACACAAUCCCAGCGCUCUAGCCCAGCGCUCACCGUUUGCGACGAUACCGGAGCCUAACAGACAUCAACCACGGAAGUCUAUCGUGGAUUCGGACGCGACGAUAGUGACUAUCGAGCGCGAGGCUCGGCAUAUUCUCCAGGCUCGCAGUGAAGGUUCACUCGGCCAGACGCCGUGGAUUGGUAUGGCCAUUGGCUUGACCUGCACGGCAAUGGCGGCGGUGAUGCUGGGUUAA